UGCACAAGGCAUCUAUAUCCCCUCCUCCGCUGGCUGGGAGUGGGGAGUGCGCCGCAUAACCAAAACGUCAAUCCCCCACCGCGCAGCCUCGCCGUCGGUAUGGACGAGGAGAGGACGGAGGCGUGGUGGAGCCGACGCGCGUGGGCGCUGCUGUCGGCCGUCCGCGAGCGGGCGCCGCUGGUGCAGUGCACCACCAACCUCGUCUCCAUGGACAUCGCUGCCAACGUGCUCACCGCCGCCGGCGCCUCCCCCGCCAUGCUCCACUGCCUCCGCGAGAUCCCCGACUUCACCCCGCGCUGCGACGUUGUCUACAUCAACGUCGGUACCCUCUCCGAGGACUGGCUCCCCUCCAUGCGCGCCGCCGCCUCCGCCGGCCGCCCCUGGGUGCUCGACCCCGUCGCAGCUGCCGCCUCCGGAUUCCGGAUGGAGGCCUGCCUCGAGCUCCUCGCUCUCCGGCCCGCCGUCGUCAGGGGCAACGCGGGCAACGCGUCGGAGAUCCUCGCCCUCGCCGCCAGCUCAGACAGCUCCUCCUCCUUCAAGGGUGUGGACAGUUCACAUGACUCAGGGGAGGCCCUGCAAGCCGCGAAAGCAUUGGCACGGUCCAGCGGGUCAGUCAUUGCGGUAUCUGGAGCAGUUGAUUUCAUCACGGAUGGUCAGCAGGUCAUCAGUGCUAGCAAUGGUGUGGCAAUGAUGCAGAAGAUCACGGCGACAGGGUGUGCUGUGACUGCUCUUAUAGCGGCUUUUGUCGGGGCGGAUCCUUCAGAUGCUCUGGCCGCAGCGGCAUGUGCGCUCGCCAUCUUUGGACUCGCUGGAGAGAUUGGAAUGGAGUCGGCUAAAGGACCUGCCUCUCUCAGGACGCACCUCAUCGAUGCUCUCUACGGCCUCGAUGAGCAGACCGUCACAUCCCGUGACACAUCUCUACCGUGGUUACCAGUGUUUAGGAAAUAUACAGUCUGGGGUGAUCUGCAGGGUCCUGGAAAACCAUGAAGCAUAUGAGAUCGGAUUGGCAGUUGCCGUCCAUGUGUACAUGACCCCAUCAAUAAAUUGUCCGUGACCAUCCAUCUCGGCUGUACUAACUACCAAGUACAUAUUUGUGAAUUGUGAUGCCACAAAGAUUAUGCAUCACCUGUCAUCUACACACACAAUGAUGCUUCACGAAAUAAGGCGGUCGAAAGAAGGAUGACUGCACCAGUAGCUUUGCUGCUGGUGUUUAUGCAGCAAUGACUGUGAUGGCUGAGAAGCUAGU